AUGCUGCUGUCAAGGCUGAAUCGACCCGUGGAGCACGACGAGCUCAAAGCACAACAAUUAAAGAGGAUAUACGAGUGCGGAGAGUGUCUCGCGCACUACAGCUCGGUCGAGGAGGUUCAAGAUCACAUACAGACUUGCAAUGGUACGCCACCAGGGGUUGUGGUCGUCGAAGUACCCGAUGGGGAAGCGGCGGCCAGGGAACAGACCCCAGUCGCGCAGGCCGGCGGGCAAAUCGAUGCCGAGGGCGAAGAGGACUCUGAGGAGCUCAUCUACGAGUGCUCCAGCUGUGGCAUGCAGUUCAGAAACGUACACGCCUAUACCAACCAUUUGGCGACCACUCACGCCGCCUCGACGACCUGCUGUCCAAUUUGCGGCAGAUGGUACUCCUCGCGAUCGAACUUGAAAGCCCACCUGCUCCUACACACCGGGCUGAAACCCCAUCAAUGCCCCACGUGCAAGAAGCGGUUCUCAGUCGCCAGCAAUCUUCGGUGUCACAUGAAAAUUCACACGAAUAAGCAGAAAUGUGCUUAUUGCGCCAAAUCGUUCGACAACGAAGCCAGUCUCAAGGAACACGAAAAACAAUCACACAACUUCGUUACCGACAAGGACUGUCCGUUCUGCCAAAAAUCGUUCUCGCACAGCAGCACGCUCCGGAGUCAUAUUCGAACGCAGCAUUCCGAUGGAUGUCGGAACCUCCUGUGUCAGCUGUGCUUGAAGGCUUUCACAAAUCGCUCGAAUCUCGAAGUCCACAUGCGCUCGCACACCGGCGAACGGCCCUUCAAGUGUCAGAUGUGUGACCGCGCGUUCACGGUCCGCAGUAAUUUGCGGGCCCACGUACGGAUACACAACAACGAUCGACGCUUCAAGUGCGAGUACUGCGCGAAAAUGUUCUACACCCGUUUCGAUCUCAGAACACACAUUUUCACGCAUACCGGUGAAAAGCCGUUCGAAUGCAGCGACUGCGGCGAACGCUUCACGAAAGUCGGCAAUCUCAAUGCGCACAAAAUAAUCCACAUCGAAGAUAGACCCUUCAAAUGUAAAACAUGCGGAGCCGGUUUCAAGAAAGAGGCGGCUUUCGAGCGGCACAUGACAAGGUACCAUAAUCCCAAUAGCUCGCAGUCGCCGCUGCAAUGUAUUUUCUGUGGCCAGUUCUUCCGGCAGAUCAAACAGGUCCGGGAGCAUGUGAAGGCCGCGCAUCAGGACGAAGGAAUCGAGGCCAUGUUCCCUUGUGGUACUUGCAACAGACGCUUCGGUACGUCCCGGCAGCUGGAAGAACACGAGAGAACCUGGCACAAGGUGAAUUCCGCCUUCAAGUGCAAAUACUGUAAACGACCGUAUACGAGCGAGGCCCAGCAUCGGAAGCACGAAACCUCAGGUGUCUGCCUCACGCGGCUCUGUCCGGUCUGCCGGAGGCAGUGCAAGUCUCCGAGCGACUUCGAAUCGCAUGUUCGAACCCACGAAAACGAGAGACCUUAUAAAUGCGAGGUCUGCGAUAAAGCUUUCGGGAAACUCAUCAACCUCCGACGGCAUCUCCUCAUCCACCAGGGAGUAAGUUAUAGCUGUGCGGUUUGCUUCAACAAAUUCACGUCCGAGGCGACGAUACACCGCCACAUAGCACAGGCGCAUCCAGGACUCGCCACCAGUCAGAGCAAGAUACACCAGGAGGUUGUCGAAGAUGUGAACGAGUCCGAGGAAAGUCAAGUGGAACUCAGUCAAGAGGAGGACGAGGUCGCGGACGAAGCCGAGAUCGCCGGAGAAGAAGAUGAGGAGGAUCCGGAGGUGGAACGGGAGAACGGCGUAGACGUCGGCGAUAGCGAGGACGUAGGACAGCUUCCUCCUCACGAAGGCAAAACUAUUGUUAUUCAUCAAUUGGUCUUGGCUCCCCCUCAGAAACGCUUCCUGACUCCAGCAAUUGUUAAACUUUCCUCAAAACCACGAACCGAAGCCUCGGAAUCCACUGCUCCUUGA